AUGGAAACCUUUAGUUACAUUGAACCUCUUAAUAUUAAUACAAAUUUAGUUUGUAAAUUUUGCAAAAAACCAUUAAGCGAUCCCAUUAUUUUAGUAUGUGGUCAUUUGAUUUGUUGCACCUGCAUUCCAAAUGAAUUAUGGAUCGAAUCCGGUUACACAGCAACAUGUCCAGAGUGUGGCAAAGAUUAUAAAAAAGAAGAUACUACAAUAAAUAUUCCAAUUUGUAUAACCGAGGAUUUAAACGGUUUAAAAGUUAAAUGUAAUAGAUGUUUAGAAGGAGUUGUAAUUAAUCGAGUAGAUUUUUAUGAACAUAUAGAGCUUUAUUGUAAAACUCCAUGUGAACUUGGAUGUGGGGCGAUUUUAACUAAAAAUGAAAUUAAAUCCCAUCUUGAUGUAUGCAGUAAUUUCAUUGUUGAAUGUCCUGCUUUGGAUAUUUAUUGCAAAUGGAAAGGCCCAAGAAAAGAUCUAGAAGAACAUAUACAAAAAUGCAAUACAGAAGGUGUAAGACCUGCCAUUGAAGCUUUGCGUGAAAGCGUUCAAAAUUUAAAAGAGGAAAAUCAAUUGUUAGUUAAGAAUUUAGAAAAAUCAAAUGAUAUCUUGUUAUGUAUGGUAAAGUUUUUUUUUAAUCCAAACGAUUUUAACCCCUUAGAAGGAAAAGAUUACAAUUUAAUUGAAAAUAUAAAUGUUAAAGAAAAUGAAACUGAAAAAAUAUUAGAGCUAUAG